UACUAUCCAAUACGCACAUUAAUCUUUUAUGCUGGUGACUCUUCACUUUCUGCAAUGGCUUCCAACAAAAGACAACGGAGCUCUUCAUCACACACGAAGAAUUUUGAUGUGUUUGUUAGCUUUAGAGGUGCAGAUACUCGUAACGGUUUCACAAAUCACCUUUUUGCAGCUCUUGAAAGAAACGGAGUUGUUGCUUUCAGAGAUGACCAAACAAUCCAGAAAGGGAACUUUUUGGAGUCUGAACUCUUGCUCGCAAUUGAAGGAUCACGCGUUUUCAUUGUUGUCUUCUCAAAGGACUAUGCAUCAUCCACAUGGUGCAUGAAAGAGCUUACAAAGAUCGUCGAUUGGGUUGAAGUAACAGGUCGAAGUUUGCUCCCUAUUUUCUAUGAUGUCACUCCUUCUGAGGUCCGCAAACAGAGUGGAGAGUUUGCUAAAGCUUUUGCUGAACACGAAGAAAGGUUCAAAGAUGACUUGGAAAUGGUAAAAGGAUGGAGGGCAGCUCUGAAAACAAGCUGCGAUCGUUGUGGGUGGGAUGUGCAAAAUAAGCAGCAAUAUGAACAAAUCGAAAACGUUGUUGAAGAGGUAAUCAACAUAUUGGGUCGUAAUCAAAUUUGGAAUUUUGGCGAUGAUUUAGUUGACAUGCAUUCUCGUGUUAAAAAAUUGGAAGAACUUCUAGAUCUGAGUGCUAAUGAUAUUGUUCACCUUGUGGGAAUUUGUGGAAUGGGUGGAAUAGGAAAGACCACACUUGCAACUGCAUUGUUCAAUAAAAUCUCUCCUCAAUUUGAUGCUUGUUGUUACCUUGAUGAUUUAAGCAAAAUUUAUUGUAAUUUUGGAGCAGCAAGUGCACAAAAACAACUUCUUUGUCGAGCUCUAAAUCGAGGAAAUAUCGAGAUACACAAUGCUUCCCAUGGAACUAUGUUGAUAAGAACUAGAUUAUGUCACUUAAAAGCGCUUGUUGUUGUUGAUAAUGUUGAUCAAGUUGAACAAUUAAAGAAAUUGGGUUUGCAAUCUGAAUAUCUGGGUGCAGGGAGCAGAAUCAUCAUAAUUUCUAGAAAUCGUCGUAUCUUACAAAAUUACGGAGUAAAUAAAGUUUACGAAGUUCAAGUCUUGGACNAAACNNAAUCUCUUCAAUUACUUNGCAAGAAAGCUUUCAGAUCGAAUGAUAUUGGGAAAGAACAUGAANGGUUGACAUUAGAUAUACUGAAGUAUGUGAAUGGUCUUCCAUUAGCUAUUGAAGUAUUGGGCUCAUUUUUACUUGAUCGAGAUGUUUGUGAAUGGAGAAGUGCAUUGACUAGAAUGGAAGAAAAUCCAAGCAAAGAUAUCAUGGAUGUGUUGCGAAUAAGUUAUGAUGGAUUGGAGAAUAUAGAGAAAGAAAUAUUUCUAGAUAUUGCUUGUUUCUUCUCCAAUAAUAAUUUGUACUCAUGGGAGCCAACAGUGAAGAAACUUUUAGAUUAUCGACAAUUUUAUUCUGACAUUGGUAUGAAAGUUCUGAUUGAGAAGUCACUUAUAAGAUGUCAAGAUGAGACUAUUAUAAUGCAUGACUUGUUGAAAGAGUUGGGUAAGAGUAUUGUCCGAGAAAAAGCACCCAAAGAGCCAAGGAAGUGGAGCAGGUUAUGGAACUACAAGGAUCUCCAAAAAGUCACGAAAAUAAAUAAGGAAGCCGAAAAGGUUGAAGCUAUACUUAUUGAACAACAUGAAAAAGAAUUUCUACAAGGAAGAAUAAGAGUGGAUGCUUUAUCAAAAAUGGAUCACCUUGAGAUGCUCAUUCUGCAGAAUGUGAACUGUUAUGGAACUCUCAAUUUCAUUUCUAAUGAACUGAGAUAUCUAUUUUGGAAUCACUUUCCUUGGUUGUCUUUGCCAUCAACCUUCUUUCCAGAUCAACUUGUAGAAUUGAUCCUACGUGAUAGCAAUAUCAAGCAAUUAUGGGAAGGAAAAAAGUGUCUGCCUAAUUUGAGAAAUUUGGAUCUGAGUCACUCCAAAAAUCUUAUUGAGGUGCCAGACUUAAGUGAGGUUCCACGUCUUACGGAUCUUAGUCUCGAAGGAUGUAUACAACUAGUCCACAUCCAUCCAUCCAUUGGUAUUCUGAGAGAUCUUCGUCUUUUGAAUUUGAAGAAUUGUAAAACUCUUGUCCUUAAUCUGAAUAUCCUUUUUGGGAUCAGUUCUCUUGAGAUAUUAAAUAUCUCCGGCUGUUCACAAUUACUUAAUAGUAAGAUGUUAAUGGACCCAAGUGACACAAAACAUUUGGAGAAAGUUGAUAAAAAUACAAAUAUCAUCCAAUUGCCAACAUCCUCUGUAUACAAACUUCUAAUGUUGCCUUUCCAUUUUUUCUACCCUCCAAAACCUCAAGAUUCAAUUGGUUCGUUAUUGUCUUCUUUUUCUUUCUCUGUCCCGUGUUUGUUUAACCUUGACAUAAGCUUCUGUAAUCUACUUCAAAUCCCAGAUGAAAUUGGGAACUUACGUUCUUUAGAAAUAUUAAAUUUGGGGGGAAACAAAUUUGUGACACUACCAAGCACCAUCAAGCAACUUUCCUAUCUUCAUUAUUUGAACUUGACACACUGCAAGGAGCUAAAAUAUUUGCCCGAGCUUCCAACAAUACAAGAAAAAACAAUUGACAGAUACAUUAGGGGCUUAUACACUUUUGACUGCCCCAAGUUGAGUGAUUUGGAACACUGUUAUAGCAUAGUUUUUUCUUGGAUGAAGAAAAAUCUUGAGGUUUACUUGGUCCCUCGGAUGGAAAUUGUUAUUCCUGGAAGUGAAAUUCCAAAAUGGUUCAGUAAACAAAACGCAAGUGCAUCCAUAAGUAUGGACCCAUCUGCUGUUAUAGAUGACCCAAAUUGGAUAGGUGUUUCCAUUUGUGUUCUAUUUGUCACACACGAAAGUCCUAUGAAUUUGGGUGAAGGAGAUUAUCUUAUAGACUCUCCUCUUUUUUACGGUGUCAAUAAUGUCAACUUUGAGACAAAAUGGUAUUCAGGAGUUCCUAUAAUAUUCAAGAAAGAUCUGGUGACAGUUGGGUUAGAUUAUUUGUUGAUAGUGUUUUACUCUCGACAAGAAUUCUUUCAUCUUCUAAAUGGACAUUCAGAUACCAUGCAUGAUCUUCAAGCACUUAAAUUUGAAACUUGGGGUAGGAGUCUUCUAGAUUUACGUUUUAUGGUGAAGAAGUGCGGGUAUCGUUGGGUAUUUAAGGAGGAUCUUCAACAACUCAAUUCAGACAAGUUUUUCAGCAGAAAUUCUGCAUCACGGAAGAGGAAGCUUCUAACAAGUGAGUAACCACAGAGAUCCUUCAACCGCCAUUCCAUCACAGAAAUCUUCAUCCUUUUCAGGUAAAAUCUAACUCCUUAAAUCAGUUUACUAAGUGACUAGUUAGUUGGUAUUACGUUUACAAUUUUCAAAGGUGUAAAAAUUGAAAUGUUAACAAAAUCUAAAAUGGAAAAAUUAUAUAUCAGAAAUUAUGUAUAUUACCUUGAUAAUCCCCUUUUAGAGUUGUAAGAGUUAUUUAAAAAUUUACUAGAAUUAUAAGUGUAUUAGUAUAUUACAAAUUUACCUUGAAAAUCUCGCUAAGGGAUAUAUUAUUAUCUAUCUGUUGGUACAUAAAAUAAUUGAAUGGUCAUCCAUGUCUUGCUCCCGACAUUUGUAUCCAAGCAAAACACAUCAAAAUAAGAAUGAUAAAGCAUAGUGCAAUGGAACGUAAAUCAGCAUAAGAAUAUUAAAGAAAGCAUUAACUAGGAACAGAAAUGGGCAAAAAUAAUAUAGAUCGAUACAAAAUAGCUCUGUCUAACUUCUGUCCAGCAGUUUGGUUCAGCUUUUAGGUCAUCCCUUGGUCAGGCCAGGUUGCCUCAUUCAAUUUUGAUUUAUUUGGGGUUUAAGAUGUAUCC